AUGAGGCCUUCUUCACCUCAUCAACUGCCGCUGGGGACAUCACAGCCCCCCAAUGAAGCUCACGCUGUCAGCGUCUCGCUUCCAACGUGGAACUCAAUUGUGAGUUGGUCGCUUCGAGAGCCAUGGGUGGUCUCUCAGAUGAAAGCUGGUUAUCCACGGCUGUUCGUCAACUCCACUAUCCAAGAUCUCGGUGCUGCCGUCUUAGAUAGAUUGCAAUUGUCCAGAACCAACGCUUCAUGCAUGAUCCUGCCCUCAAGUCCUGCCGCUCAGCGCCUGGUCGACAGCUUAGCAGAAAAGAACACCGGUCUCCUUCUCUCCCCGCCCAUUCGAUUCUUCGUACCACCAGCGAGGCACCCCACCCUAUGUAAUGAAGGAAGAGACAUCCACAAUGAGCAGGAAUACCGCUGGGCCACAUUCUAUGCCGUGGUCUACCAUACCGAUCUCGCGCCAAUAGCGAUGAGCUUCUGGCGAGAAACAGGAGACGGAAUCACGAGCCGACACGCUGAAUAUGCUCUUGGGAUGUUCCAGUUCUUGAAAUCUCAGAGCGAUAGCAGUUUGUUCUGCACUGCCCCAGAGGCUCAUUUAGACGAGCUUCAAAACGCAUCCUCGCUGCCUCCACCCUCGACUACGGCGGCAGAAAUAACUUCGAUUAAGUCACUGAUUGCGACCUCUGCAGCGUCUGAUAGUCCGGGCCAUGCACCUAUCCGCCUCGAUGAUGUUUUCUUGUAUUCAAAAGGUCUGGCCGGUAUCUAUGCAGUCGCAAGAUCUCUCGUCCCCGAGGGUCCGUCAGCCGAAGACUCACAAGUCGUGAUCUACGGGUGGCCGUACGCCGAGACUGUCAAGUGUGUCGAACGGAGUGGCUGGGGCAACGUGAUCCUCUACGGCAAAGGAACCGAAGCAGACCUCGACGAGCUCGAACAGCGACUAGCAAAUGGAGUGCGUAUCCAGGCACUCUUCUGUGAGCUACCCAGCAACCCGCAACUUGCAUCGCCCGAUUUGCAUCGCAUCCGAGCACUCGCAGACCAAUACAAGUUUGUGGUUGCGUGCGACGAGACCCUAGGCACCUUCGUGAACGUCGACGUGCUGCCGUACGUGGACAUCGUCAUGACCAGUUUGACCAAGAUCUUCAGCGGCGCCGCAGAUGUCAUGGGCGGGAGCGUCAUUGUGAACCCAGACUCCCCCUUCUACGAGUCCAUCCAUGGCCGCCUGGCCAAAUCGUGGGAAGAUGUUCUGUUCCCGGGCGAUAUCGCCGUGCUGGCGCGCAACUGCCCUGAUUUCGUGGAGCGCGUGCAGUACUGCUGCCACGGUGCGUUGGCCGUCGCGAACCUCGUUUCUCAAAGCUCGCUCGUUGCGACUGUCUACUACCCUUCGCUGGUCCCCUCGCGGCACCUGUAUGAGAGGUACCGCCGCGAAAAUGGCGGGUACGGGGCGGUGGCUUUCUAUGAUGCUCUAGAUGUAUGCAAGGGAACGAGUAUCGGGGCGAAUUUCACGCUGGCGGUUCCAUACUCGCAGUUGGCCCACUUCCGCGAGCUGGAUUGGGCUGAGGCGAAUGGUGUGCCGAAGCAUAUUGUUCGGAUUAGUGUGGGGAUUGAUGAUACGGAAAAACUAUUGAACAGAGUGGUCAAGGCUCUUGAAGCAGCACAGAAUGUUAGCCACGCUGGCAGGGCAGAGAAUGUCAGCUCUCUGUAG